CCUUUUAUUAUCUGUAGCUAAUAAUCCCUAACCCAGAAAGUCAGAACUGAAACCGGAGAAAUGGCGACACUGGCACUACUCAGAGCUCUGUGGAGGCGCAAUCUACCUUCUUCUACCUCUCGAUUUCCCGUCAAAUCCUCCCUUUCUCGAUCCGUUAGUACGUUGGUCUUGGCCGAGCACGAAGGUGGAUCACUCAAGCCGCAGUCGGUGAGUGCGGUGGUGGCUGCACAGUCUGUGAGCCAGGAUAACUCGAUUUCCUUGUUGUUGGCUGGUUCCGGUGCUGCGGUUCAACAAGCUGCAGCACAGGCUGCCUCAUGUUAUCCUUCCAUUUCUCAGGUGCUUGUAGCUGAUUCAGAUAAGUUCACGUAUCCUCUGGCUGAACCAUGGGCUAAGUUAGUGCAUUUGGUUCAGCAACAAGGAGGCUAUUCACACAUCAUUGCCACCUCAGGUUCCUUUGGGAAAAACAUUCUGCCCCGUGCUGCUGCUCUUUUAGAUGUUUCUCCUAUCACUGAUGUUGUUGAAAUUUCUGGAUCCCAUCAAUUUGUCAGGCCAAUUUAUGCUGGAAAUGCACUUUGUACAGUACGGUAUAGUGGUGCCAAUCCGUGUAUGUUGACCAUUAGAACAACUUCUUUUCCAGUUCCUCCCAUCUCCGCUGAUUCCAAACCUAAUGGAGCUCCUAUUUCUCAGGUUGAUCUCUCAACCUUUGGUGAAGAUUCCAAUGGUAAAUCUAGAUAUGUAAAGCUUACAUCUGAGAAUACAGAGCGCCCUGAUCUUGGGAGUGCACGAAUUGUGGUCACUGGAGGCCGUGGAUUAAAAAGUGCAGAGAACUUUAAAAUGAUAGAGAAGCUUGCAGAAAAACUUGGUGCUGCAGUUGGUGCUACCCGAGCUGCUGUUGAUGCUGGAUUUGUUCCGAAUGACCUCCAGGUUGGUCAAACUGGAAAAAUUGUAGCCCCUCAAUUGUACAUGGCAUUUGGUGUUUCAGGAGCCAUUCAACAUUUAGCUGGCAUGAAAGAUUCAAAAGUUAUUGUUGCUGUUAACAAAGAUGCAGAUGCCCCCAUUUUCCAGGUACCUGGUGCAACACCUCACACACACACACGCACACACACAUAUGUAGCACCAAUAAUACAAACACAAACGGGCACAAAAGGGAGGCAAAGAUUUAAGUUAUGACUUCAUAAGUUUGUAAGUUAUAAUUUUAGGUCAAGUAUAAAACUAAUUGGCUGCUUGAGUUUAUGAUUGGAUUAUACAGAUGCCAUAACUUGAUAACAAUCAAAAGCUUCUGGGAAUUGAAUCUAGAUAGCAAGUAUUCUAAAUAAUCAUAAUAAUCAUAACAAUCAUAACAGUGAUUGGUUACCAUAGUUUUCUGCUUAAGUUGAAUCUGUAUUGUUUCAACAAGCACAUUGAUUUUAUACUUGAUGGUCUUGAACUAGAAUGCAAAUUGCAAAACCAAGUGUUGUUUAGCUCAGAUUCAGCUUUCCUGCUCCGCAAAACUUUCUCUGCAAUAUUACCUUCUAUAAACCCAUGACAGGUGUCCCGGACUAGUUCCAUGUACAUUGUGCAUUUUUAUGAUGCUCUUUGAAAUGCAGGUAGCUGAUUAUGGACUCGUGGGUGAUCUUUUUGAAGUGAUACCAGAGUUGUUAGAGAAAAUUCCUGAGAAAAAAUAGGCCCCAAUGGGUUCUUAGGCCUUUGGGUGUUGCUCUUAUUUUCUUGUAAUGAAUAUAAUUUUCAUUCAUGCAUGAAUGAUUCGAAUGCAAGGACAUCACCUUCCCAAAAAAGAAAAGGAAAAUUACGUCUGUCAAGACAAAUAAGUGAAAUUAUAAUUGUUGGUUAUGCUAUACCCGUGAACUUGUUUUUCCUUGAAAUUGGUUUUACAUUAGUAAAUGUUGUAAAAACCUCAUUAUAUCUUAACCAGUUAGAAUCCAUUUACAUAUCAUUUAAUAAUGAUAGGUACCUCUU